AUAUUCUCUCAAAUAAGGCUCUGUUCUCACUCCCCUUGUUGAAGCCCUUGGAGAUUUAUAGUCCCAUCUGGCCAUCUGCGUGCCUUCGUUGAAAAUACAUCUUUAUACCACCAUUCUCAUUUCAAGGGUACCAAUUGCCGCAAAAUGGCACGUAUCCUGAUAACAGGCUCUACGGAUGGCCUUGGCCUCGAGGCUGCCCGUCAGCUGGUUCAGCGUAAUCACACCGUCUAUCUUCAUGCGCGUAGCCAAGAGCGCGCAGAUGAUGCCAAGGCAAAAUGCCCAGGAGCUGCUGGCGUGCUGAUUGCAGACUUGACAAGUGUGGCAGAGACGCGCAAACUGGCCGAGGAAGCAAACGCGAUUGGUACCUUCGACGCCGUUAUUCUUAAUGCCGGAUUACUUUACGGACCCUUCCGCAAGACGCCAGAUACUGGCGUGCCAGCUAUGGUCUUCGUCAACGUUCUCGCACCCUAUAUUCUCUCCUGUCUCCUUACGCAGCCCAAGCGGCUUAUAUUUAUCGCUUCUGUCCUACACCGAGAAGCCCACACGGACGUGAAGGAUAUUUUCUGGUUUGAGCGCGGGGAAAAGGAAUUCCAGGAUUUUCCCGCAUACUGCGAUUCGAAGCUUCAUGUCAUGCUUCUGGCUAAUGCGGUGGCAAGGCGGUUUAAUAACACCUCGGUCACGGCUGUGCAUCCUGGAUGGGUUGCUACCAAGAUUGGAGGUCAAAGCGCUAUCAACAAGCUGGAGGAUGGUGUCGAGACAUAUGUCAUGCUGGCCGAAGGGGAUUAUGAUCAAAGUCUCACCGGUGUGUAUUUUGAACCCAACAGGAAGAUUGGUGAACCUCUCGCAGUGACAGCGGACGAACAUUUGCAGGAGGUCGUCGUCAAAGCUUGCGAGGAUGUCACCGGUCUUAAGUUAGUAGCUUAAGUUUGGCCUGUCGGCACCUAUUCAUAAUCGGCGUGCAUCUUCUAAGACCCAUUUUUUUUUUUAAAAAAAAAAAAAAAAAAAAAAAAACAUAGUUGGGUUUCUAAAAGCCGAGGCCCGGGCUCUUACUGGGCUGGCUUCAUUUCAUGAAAUCGCGGUGUCCUUCAUAACUACUAGUCGAUCGCAUGGGAGUCUUGCACGCGAGGAUAGAAAGUGGCGUUUUAUCGGAUGAUC